AUGCUCCAACAUGAUGAACUUUUUGCAGAUGAUAUGCUUUUCCAUAUUUUUCAAUACGUGGAAGACCGAAGCCUUAUUGUCGUGUGCAGGCUUGUUUCCAAGCAGUGGUAUGGGGAAGUAAUGGAAAUGCCUUUGAAUUUGGAUUUUUCAAAGAGUCGUUUGCGUCCGAGAGUUGAUCAUCAUUCAUUGUUGUUGGAGCAAGAAGAAGAAAUUUCAGAAACUGGUUCAACAAUGAUCAAACAACAACAACAACCUUCAACAGAGCUACGAGAAGCAGAAACAAUUUCGGAAGCAACACGAAUUUAUUCUAUCCUAAGUCCUCCAAUUUCCAAUAUUACUUGCUUGAAUUUAUCCAACAAUUUAUUGGGACACGAUCAACUGAAUACUCUAGCCUCGUGCGAAAACUUGAAAAAUUUGAAAUCAUUGGAUCUUUCUGCAAACGAUUUCAGUCGGAAUAGUUCAUCUUCAUCGUCGUCUUGCAGUGCAAUUUUUUCACUCGUAUGGACUAUUGCAGCAAGCCCAGUCAUGUCCAACUUACGCGAGCUUUAUGUACAAACAAAUUCGCUCACCAGAGCAAGUGUUGAAGCAAUUGGAAAUAGCAAGACUCUGACAAAUCUUACAAUAUUGGAUCUUGCUUAUAAUAAGAUUCAAGCCUGCGAUGUUGAAUGCUUGACACAAAGUAGCAACAUGAAAAAUCUUACUCUAUUGGAUUUAAGCCAUAAUGCUGUUCGUCUUGUGGGUGCAAGAUGUAUUGCCUCAAGCAAAUAUUUGAAUAACAUUAGAACGUUAAAUUUGGCAAAUGCUAUUGAUGAUGAAGGGGUGAAGGUGCUCAUUACAAGUCGCUCUAUGAGCAAUUUAACACAAUUGAAUUUAGAAGGAGUUUAUUCGCCAAGAAUAACUCCAAAACAUCCCUUUCCAAUGUUUGCCUCCAGCGUUUUCAACAGUAGUUUAACCCACUUAUCCAUACAGAUUCGUUUUGUCGUACCCAAGGCGUUUAUGAAGGAUAUUACCGUACUUCACAACUUGCAGUACUUGAAACUUUCGUUUUCUCCAAUUGACAUUGAUGGAGCAAAGGAAUUGGCUGCCCACGAAAGUUCGAAACGUAUCAAAACGCUUCAUUUGAUCUGUUGUAAAAUCAGCGAAGAAGCGGGUGCUUUACUCAUGCAGAGCCCACAUUUGGUAAAUUUAACUAGUUUAAAUUUGAGUGGGAACCAAUUAGAUGGCACCUUAUUAUUUAACUUAUCCAUGUACACUACAAUUCAUUUCGAAAAAUUAACAUCUUUAGAUCUAAGCUCGAACGGUAUCAAGUCUGACGGAGCUGUUCUGAUGUCCCAAUGCUCUCGAUUAUUAAGGAACGUUAAAGAAUUGAAUUUAAACUACAAUACCAUUAACGACCAAGGACUCUCAGCAUUGGCGUCCAGCAAAUAUUUGAGCAAUUUAACUAUUUUAAAGCUGAGUAGCAAUGGAAUUGGUGACUAUGGAGUUGCUUCUCUUUGUGAGAGCGAAUAUUUGAAACAUCUGACACAUCUCAAUCUUUUUGCGAAUUCACAAAUUUACAGCGAAGGUGCAAUCUCUAUUGCAAACAGUGUUAAUAUGAAGAAUUUAACAUUUAUAAUGUUGAAUAAUUGCAAUAUUGGAUCGAAGGGUGCCGUGGCAUUAGCCUCAAGCGAAUUGAUGCAAAACUUAACAGGGUUACAUGUGUCCUGUAAUUGCAUUUCAUCAACAGGAGCUCUUGCUAUUGUGUCAAGCAAGUACUUGACCAAGUUGCAAGAGCUCGACAUGCAAGGCAAUGUAUUUGGGGGAAAUACAUACGAAGAGAUUACCACACGACUAUCCACAUUCAAAUAUUUGACAACAGUUGUCAUACAAAGGCAGAGACAUUUUAUAUGA